GGAGCCACGCCCCCUUUGUGUUCCUUCGUGCGCGGAUUGGAGUGCUGCCGUCACGUGGGGAGAGACAGCGGAAGCAGAGGACUCCGCAGCAGAGAAUAAGGGAUCGAUUCCAGCCGUCACGAUGCAGAGCACCACCAACUACCUGUGGCUGAUCUCAGACCUGCUGGGUCAGGGAGCCACGGCCAACGUGUACCGCGGCCGACACAAGAAAACCGGAGACCUCUACGCCGUGAAGGUCUUCAACAACCUGAGCUUCUUGAGGCCGCUGGACGUCCAGAUGAGAGAGUUUGAGGUCCUGAAGAAGCUCAACCACAAGAACAUCGUCAAGCUCUUCGCCGUGGAGGAGGAGUCCAACACUCGUCACAAGGUGCUGGUGAUGGAGUACUGUCCCUGCGGGAGCCUCUACACCGUCCUGGAGGAGUCCUCCAACGCCUACGGGCUCCCCGAGGACGAGUUCCUCCUGGUGCUGCACGACGUGGUGGCGGGCAUGAACCACCUGAGGGAGUACGGCAUCGUCCACCGGGACAUCAAACCGGGGAACAUCAUGCGCGUGAUCGGGGAGGACGGGCGCUCCGUCUACAAGCUCACCGACUUCGGAGCCGCCCGAGAGCUGGAGGACGACGAGCAGUUUGUGUCGCUGUACGGCACCGAGGAGUACCUGCACCCCGACAUGUACGAGCGCGCCGUGCUGAGGAAGGACCACCAGAAGAAGUACGGGGCCACGGUGGACCUGUGGAGCAUCGGCGUCACCUUCUACCACGCCGCCACCGGCAGCCUGCCCUUCCGGCCCUUCGAGGGGCCGCGCAGGAACAAGGAAGUCAUGUAUAAAAUCAUCACGGAGAAACCGUCCGGUACGAUCUCCGGACACCAGAAGUGUGAGAACGGGAAGAUCGAGUGGAGCACCGAGAUGCCGGUGUCCUGCAGUCUGUCCAAGGGUCUCCAGAGCCUCCUCACUCCGGUCCUGGCCAACAUCCUGGAGGCGGACCAGGAGAAGUGUUGGGGCUUCGACCAGUUCUUCGCCGAGACCAACGACAUCCUCCACCGGACGGUGGUCUACGUGUUCAGUCUGCAGCAGGCGACGCUGCACCACAUCUACAUCCACGAGUACAACACGGCGGCGCUGUUCCAGGAGCUGCUGUCCCGCCGGACCAGCAUCCCGCUGCACAACCAGGAGCUCCUGUACGAGGGCCGCCGCCUGGUCCUGGACCCGAACCGCCAAGCCAAGAUGUUCCCCAAGUCCUCUAGAGAUAAUCCCAUCAUGCUCGUCAGCCGCGAGUCCGUCGCCACCGUGGGACUCAUCUUCGAAGACCCGAGUCCUCCCAAAGUGCAGCCGCGCUACGACCUGGACCUGGACGCCAGCUACGCAAAGACGUUCGCGGGCGACGUCGGACACUUGUGGAAGACCUCAGAGUCUCUGCUGGUGUAUCAGGAGCUGGUUCGCAAAGGAGUUCGAGGUUUAAUAGAGCUGAUGAAGGAGGACUACAGCGAGAUUCUACAUAAGAAGUCGGAGGUUUUCCACCUGUGUAACUUCUGCACUCAGAUCCUUGAGAAGACGGAGCAGCUGUUCGAGGCGCUGAUGCAGGCCAACGUGAUGUCGUCAGAGUAUGAUGAGAUAUGCGACAUGCACAAGAAGGUCCUCAGGAUCUCUGGAUCUCUGGAGCCAAUCGAACGAACAACACAAGACAUCAAGAGUAAAUUCACCUCAGGGGGGCUGCUGACCGACGGCUGGACUCAGCAAGUGGGAACGCACCCCGAGGACAGGAACGUGGAGAAGAUCAAAGUGCUGCUGGACGCCAUCACGGCCAUCUACCAACAGUUCAAGAAGGACAAAGCUGAGAGACGUCUGCCGUACAACGAAGAACAGAUCCAUAAGUUUGAUAAGCAGAAGUUGGUGCUUCAUGCCACUAAAGCCAGAUCCCUGUUUACAGAGGAGUGCGCCAUGAAAUAUCGCCUCUUCAUCUCAAAGAGUGAAGAGUGGUUGAAGAAGGUUCAUCACGUGAAGAAGCAGCUGCUCGGUCUGUCCGGUCAGCUGAUCAGCAUCGAGAAGGAGGUGACCAUGUUGAUGGAGCGAGCCAUCAAGCUGCAGGAACAUCUGCCUCAGAAGGUUCUUCCUCUGGUGUCCAGUGGCAUGAAGCCUCAGGCGUACCUGAGUCAGAACACACUAGUAGAGAUGACUCUCGGGAUGAAGAAGCUGAAGGAGGAGAUGGACGAAGUCAGCAAGGAGCUGGCAGAGAACAACCACUUCCUCGAGAGGUUUGGGUCCCUGACGCUGGACGGAGGACUGAGGGGAUAAGGGUCCGAGACUCUUCUUCUCUGGUUUUGUACAUACUGUGGCCCAUCUGGUGUAAAUAGUUUUAAGCUGUGAGUCUCCUGAUGAUUGUUGUCUAACCUGAAGAUCAGUGAACAAACCCCUUAAAACCAACACUUGAUCCCUGAUGGACCCUGAAAGCAGCUUUAAUGUGUCGUGAGGAAAGAAGAAAUGCCUCAAAAAACACCGGUUAGCAGAUUUAAACGCAUAUUCAAACAUAUCUGUUAAUGAUCAGUGUGAUACGUGUUUGAUAAGUGUUUACUCAUUCAAUAUUAUUAUAAUUCAUUUCUUAAUUAUAGAGGCUGUUUGGAUUUAAAGGAAUCUUAAAUCAUUAAGAUUAUGAUAUAUUACGGUCCUUAUAUCAGUUUGUCAUAAUUUUGAAAGUCUGGUUAACCUGUUAAAUAUCUAAAGAAUCCCUGGAAACAUCCUUUAGUCUUUAAACCAGGAUGAAGUCAUCAUCAAUUCAUAAAACAUUUAUUUUUUAUUAAGGUGUUUUUCGGGGAUUUCCCUUUUGGAGGUAAGGAAAUAUUAAAGUGGUUUGUCCUUUUAAUGAGUAAUUUUGGGAUUAAUUUGUUGUAUUUUAGGAGGUAUUAAGGGCUUUUUCUGCAUUGUUCCCGAAUAAAAGGAGCAAAAGGGAACCAUAAAUAAUUAAUGAAUAAUAACAAGAAUUGAAAUGAAAAUUAAAAAAUGAAAUUUGUCUUUUUUUUUUCAAUGAAAAAUUGAAAUAUUAAAAUAUUAAAAAUUGAUAACUUUCAUUUAAAAGUAUCCACUUUAAGGGGGUUUGAAUCCCUUCAAAAGCAAAUAACCCCCCUUAGUAAUCCCUUAGCAUACAAGCAGCUAAUUACUUCAUUCUUUGGAUAAACUGGUGGCAUUUUGAAGUGAGAAUAAUAUGGGAUGAAGUUAAAGAAUGCUGAUUAUAUUAUUCAUUGUUCUUGAGGCCGGUCGCUAAUGAAUCGAGUCCCGUAUCAAAAAGAAGACUUUUCUCCACCUUUUGUUGGCUCUUCCUUAGCUUUUACUCACAAACAUGUGUUGUCAAUUGUCUGCAUUCAAAAUGCUCAAAAAGUGUUUAAAAAAUGUGUAAAUAAAUGAAUAUCUUGAAGUCGUA